AUGUGUGGCGUUCCACGCAGCUUCGUGACUGCCGCUGGUGCUCUAGCCGUCUUCUUCUUGUCUUUGCAGCUCUGCGUGGCAAAAAUUGUGUAUGCAGAGAAAGACUCUUCGGUGGAGCUACCAUGUCCCUGUCCGCACUGUCCUGAGCAACGCAGAGAAAUGAACUGGUACUUUGACCAGAAAGGCACUGCGGCUCUUCUCUUCCGCAAAGCGCAGCGCGAUGGCGUGGAGCGUUAUCCGGCUGCCUGGGAUCGUCUUGAGAUGCUUCCGAAUUACUCCCUUCACUUUAGCAACGUGACGGACAAUGACACCGGUAGAUACUGGUGCGAGCUGCAGAAUUAUUACGAUCUGAUAAUUGUCACAGGAACGAGGCAGACGGUGGAGAGCAGGAGAGCAGACCGCGUGUGCUACAUCCUGAGUUGCUCUGUCUCGGUCGAAAAAAUCCAGCACACUGUGGUCAGGUGGUGGGAAGGCAAAAAAGAGCUCCAGGAUGAAGAGAAGAGAGGAGUCAGCCUUUUCAAAGGGGAACGGGCCUCCCAACUCCACAUCUGCUUGAAAAAGGAGACGGCCGGAGACCGGGAAGGGACGAGGAGCAAGGAAAGGAGAGUGAAGUGCUCUUUUGAUGACCAGAUGGAGAUCACCUUCAGCAUGACUGGAGCAGUGAAAGAUUGCCUAUCGGUGUGCCCUAACACAACCCGGUGCUUGGAAAGUGGAGGGCACGGGGGCACCUGGAUCCCAUUGGCUGUGUGUGUCACACUGCAGUUGGUAGUCAUCCUUGGUCUGGGUGUGGCAUUGUGGAGAAGGAGCCGCUGCAGCGAGAAACAUGAAGAUUAUGUCAAACAGGGCGGCAGAGAUGUUCCGAAGCCAAAACACAGGCCGCAGCUGUAUGAGAAUGUCAGGACCCGAUCUGAGACGGCGUAG